CUCGUGGUGUUACAGUCAGUCAUCCUACAAGUAGCAGUGUGACGGUCAUAGAUUGCCGGAAGUACCAAAUUUAUUAGCUACAAAAUUUUCUGAUAUCCUUGGAUAAAUUGCCCACCAUGAAAAUGCACAGCAAUUGACAGAUUUCGGGUGCCUACCAAAACAAAAUCGUAAAUCCAAACCGCCCAAUAAGGCAAUAGCUUCCUCCAACUCUUUUGGACUCUUCCACUUAUCCAGAAACACUUCCAUCCAAAUUCCGCGUUACUUUCUCCCGUUUUGUGUGGCCUCAAAAUCCCAUGCGAACAUUCCUAACCUGAUCCCCACCUCCUCCUCCUGAAUUCUCGCUUUCGAUUCCGAUUUCGACAAGUCGAAAAAUCUUCCCCUGCAACUGUUUCGGUGAAAUAUAAAGGUUUCGUGAACAGCUGCCCGCCAGUUUUUUCUCAUUCAAAUUGUCUUCUGGUUGUGAGUUAUGUUUCGAUGAAUUGCUAGUUGGGACUUGGUUGGUGAUUGAAAUGGAGCGAUUUUCGCAACGGGAGAGCCUUCUUCUCGGCUGCAGUCCUCAGAGAGCGUUCGUCAACUCCGGUUCUUCUUCCCACACUCCCACCAAAAACUCGGACGUUGAUUUUCAUGACGUCUUUGGUGGCCCGCCGAGGCGGUGGUCUGUUAACGACAUGAGGUACAGCUUCAGCGAAGCUACCGAGAGCAGCGGACUGAAAGGGGAUGCUGAUGACGACGACAACAAUGAUGAUCGGUCCGGUUUGAAUGAGAAGCCGGUGUUUGGGGAAGGGUCCGUGAACAGAAGACGGACCCAGAGCGAUGACUUCUUUGAUGACAUCUUUAAUGGCAAUCACUCUGUCAGUUCUAGUCCAAGGAGGCUUCAGAGGGACCCCUUCGCUUCGGCGCCAGGUUCUCGGGUUCUAAGCCCCGCCCACCCCCUGCUGCACAAAACCGAGCCCUCUGCAGCUUCUUCACUGCCUGCACAAUUCAGCCUCCCCGCCGGAUUUAGCAAAGGGCUGGUGGAGCUGCCUCGUUCGAGGUCUCUUUCUAGAUUUUCGAACCGAGCAAUCCAAAGUCACGAUAAGUCGAGAAAUGAUAUUCGAUCCAGUACUCGCCGGAGCUCCUCAUACCAACAUUCUUCUCCUGUUGGCGAAGGGUCCUCGAGCUUGGCUACAUCCGAUAAAGUAGACACAGGAGGGAAUUCGGAAAAGGAUUCAAAGAGUUCGGAAAAUGCAACUUCUAGCAGUCCGUUUCAGUUUCAUUUCUCGAUUUACAAAUGGGCAGUGCCAAUGGUGAUGCCUCUUAGGGGGCGGAAUGGUUCAAGAGUGCAGAAAAGAACUAAAAACGAGGAAGGGUCAAGCACAAAUGAAUGCGCUGCUACUGAGAGUCCACUCGAUGAUGCUAGGUCUCCCACCGUGGAACUAAUCAAACAAGAAAAUGACUUGCGUGUUGAUGAAACCACUCCUGAUAAAGUAGAUCCGCGACAAUUUGUUGAGGAAGCGGUUCUUCCCCUAGCUGAAUCAGAAACCUUCAGCAGCCUUCGUGACACUGCUGAAGAUGUUUCCGGUAACACCAUCUCAUUCCGUAAAAGUGAAGAUAUAGAGCCUCAUCCUUUACUUCAAACAGCUUCUUCUGAAGACCCACAGAAAGAAAUUCCCGUGCUUAUGGAGCAAGUUCACAAGCCAGAUCAAAAUCAUGUUCGUUCUUUCUUUUUUGAUGAAGAUCUUCAACAAGGCAAUGAUGAGGUAACUAAAUCGAGUGGUAAAAAGGAAAGCGUGGUUAAAGGCACCAAAAAAUCAUCUGUAGAUGUUGGCGCUAAUAAGACUGCAAAACAUCAGCACUUAAAAAGAAGUUGCUCGACUAAAGUUGAAGUUAAUAAGGCAAGUUUCCAAGGUUCAACGAAGAACUCGGGAGAUAAUCUCAGGAGAAGCAAAGUUAAGGGUAAGGUGAAGGACCUUGUUAAAAUGUUCAACCAAGAAGUUUUGUGUAAACCCACAUAUGAUGGUAGUGACCUUGGAAGUCAGAGCUAUGGAAUGAAGGAGAAAGGUGGUUUCAAAGCAGAGAAUGAAGCGAGUUUUACCGCAACAAAAAUGAACAAGGACUUGCCAAAGUCCGAUGUGAAAAACACAUUUUCUGAUGCUCCCGUCAUGAUGAAGGAAGAUCUCCAACAGCUAGAGAAAGAAAAUAUUGAAGCAAAGACCGCUCCCUAUACACAUAAUAAUGCUCCCGCGCAGGACACCCCUGCAUCAAGUACCGGAUCAGCUCGCAACGGAUCAAAUGCUACCGUUGAAGAUGCAGAUGAGUCCUCCCACGAAAACUUCCAGAUGAAAGAAAUAACUCAAGAUGAGGAAAAAGAACCGCAACCACAACCCGUCAACAAUCAUGAAGAACUCCAGGCGAUUGAUGCUAAGAUACUACAAUGGUCAAGAGGAAAGGAAGGAAACAUCCGCUCGCUGCUCACUACCAUGCAAAUUGUUCUUUGGCCCGAGAGCGGGUGGAAGACGGUACCUCUUGUAGAUAUAAUCGAAGGAAAUUCCGUGAAAAGAGCGUACCAAAGGGCGCUGCUAUGUUUACACCCGGAUAAGCUGCGGCAGAAGGGUGCUGCUUCACAUCACAAAUACCUUGCAGCAAAAGUUUUUGAUGUCUUGCAGGAAGCCUGGGAUCAUUUCAAUUCACUUGGCUCACUAUGACAAAGUUUUGUUUCGAAGCCACGUGUCAGAUUAUGAUUGGUCGAGUUCGUGUUCGUUCAACUGUAUAUAAUUAAAUCGACGUAUAUAUACACAAGCUGAUAAGGCGUAAAUAAGUUGACUAGGGCAAAAGUACCUUUUUACCCAA